AUGUCUGUAUCCUCUACAAUUUGGUUGCUCACAGUCGGUUGGGCUGAUUCAUCUUGCGUUGAUUUUCUCGUUCGUUCAUUUGAAAAUUCCAAGACAAAACUAGAUGUAUACCAUUGGUUUUUUGCACAUAUUCACAAUGUUAUUCUUCGUUUCGAUUAUUCUCCAUUAGAUAAUAUCGAAGGCGAUUUAGAUUUAAUGCAAAUUUUAAACAAAGAUAUUGAUCAUGAACUUUUAAAUAUAAAUGAUUUUGAAGAUUUUUUAGAAUUAAAUUUGACUGAUAUUGAACAAUAUAUGAGAGAAAAUGGUCAAGCACAUGGUAUGGUGGUGACAGUAACUGAAGCAAAAGAACAAUAUUAUAAAACUAUUAUUAUCGAUAAUAAUUUAUCUUCUACACUUUGGAAAGUGACAUAUAAUAGUCGUCCAUUAACUUGUUUACCCCAUACGAAAUUACCGAAUCUUUUUGAUAUUCAACAAUCUACCAGAUCCAUUUCUUUAUGGCAAUUAUAUGCCGAUAAUGAACAUCAUAUUUAUCAGUAUAUAUUUAAGCAUUUAGAUCAAUUUCGUAUUAGUAAUCUACCUACACUGAUGAAUAAAAAACAAGAAGAAUUAAUACAAAUGGUAGAAUUUCCUUUAGAACAAACAGAAUAUCGAAUAAUUAGUGAAAUGAUCAAUAUACAAUGUUGUAAUAUAGCAGGAGAACAUGAACAUGAUGUUAAUGAAGCAGAAAGAUAUGUUAUAUUGGUGGAACCAGCAUUGAAUUUACUGAAUAUAAUCGAUAUUUGA